GUGUCGUGAUGUAUUCGAGAAAACUUCAACUUCUCUAGCCACAGAGCAUUGAGAGCUCAGCUUCCUGCAUGUAACACUAGCAAUACCAUCCUUCCACCAAUGGUUGCUGCUCUUUCUCAUCUUCUCUUCUUCUUCCCUCUGGUUCUUCCACUCUCUGCCACAGCCCAAAUUGACCACAAUGUAAGCUUGGGAUCGUCUCUCUCUGCAGGCGGCCAAAACUCUUCCUGGAUCUCGCCCUCUGGAGACUUCGCUUUCGGAUUCUAUCAUCUCACCAACAGAAAUCUCUUCUUGCUAGCAAUCUGGUUCGACAAAAUACCGGAAAAGACUAUGGUCUGGUUCGCUAACAGAGAUAAUCCAGUGCAACAAGGAUCGACGGUCCAGCUCACAGAAGAUGGACAGCUCGUGCUCAAGGACCAUGAAGGCCAACUGAUAUGGGAACCCAAAUUCAUAAAUGGUAGUGUCUCUUAUGCUGCCAUGCUCAACACUGGCAACUUCAUUCUAUCAAGCAGUGAUUCCGUCGAUAGAUGGGGAAGCUUCGACGAUCCGACCGACACCAUCUUGCCGACACAGGUGUUGAAUUUCGGUGGCAAGCUUUCUCCUCGUCUGACAGAGACCAACUACUCAAUUGGAAUGUUCGAGCUCCGUUUUUUGCCCGAUGGUAAUCUCGUUCUCAAUCGCUUAUCACUCCCAACUGGAAAUGCUUACGAAGGUUAUUAUUCGAUCAAAAAUCUGUCGGGUUAUCAGGUGAUCUUCAAUCAAUCGGGCUACAUUUACAUUCUACGUAGGAAUCAAAGCAUACUAAAUCUCACGCCUACGAACCUUGUUUUAACGGAAGACUUCUACUAUAGGGCGACACUUGAUAUAGAUGGAACAUUCAGGCAGUAUAAAUACCCAAAGGCCGGCACAAGCAAUGGGAGUGGGGGAGAGGGAUGGUCCGUCGUGUGGUUCGUUCCUGAGAACAUCUGCACGGCCGUCAUAUUCAACAUAAGCAGUGGUGUUUGUGGAUUUAACAGCUAUUGCAGCCUCGGCAAUGAUGGAUGGGGCAUUUGCCAGUGUCCGUAUGGGUUUUCCUUCUUCGAUCAGAGUAACAAAUUCAAAGGUUGCAAGCCGUAUGAUGAUGUACAAGCUUGCAAGCUUGAUCCGUCAAGGCAGAGGGAUCUGUUUGAACUAAGGGAGAUGGGGGAUACUGCUUUUCCUGGGAAUAACUACGAAAGGAUGGAACCCAUGAGUGAGAAUGAAUGUAGAGAUGCUUGCUUGGAUGAUUGUCGCUGUACGGUUGGCUACUUCAGGGACAGGACCUGUUGGAAGAAGAAGCUUCCUCUGUUGAAUGGGAGGAUGGAUAGGAGUACAGGUGGAAAAUCUCUCAUUAAAGUAUUGAAAGAUAAUUCUUCGCAGCUUCUUCUUCCUCCAGAACGGAAGGAGAAAGAUCAAGGGACGACAAUCUUCGUCGGAUCGAUGCUUCUAGGCAGCUCCAUGUUUCUCAAUUUCACAUUAUUAGCGAUCUCUCUGUUUGUUUUAUCCAGAUACCAUAAGAGAUCGCAGAAAGUUCAACGGAAUUCGAAUAUGCUGCGAUCAAAUUUGCGGUCUUUUACUUACAGAGAGUUGGAAGAGGCGACAGAUGGGUUCAAGGAAGAGGUGGGUAGGGGCGCUUUCGGCACAGUUUAUAAAGGAAUCAUGCAAUUAGAUUCCAUGGUUACUUCCGUUGCGGUCAAGAAGCUCGAGAGAGUUAUAGAAGAGGGCGAGAAGGAAUUGAAGACGGAAGUGGGAGCGAUCGGCCAGACCCAUCAUAAGAAUCUAGUCCAAUUGCUUGGAUUCUGUGAAGAGGGCCCCCACCGUUAUCUGGUGUAUGAGUUCAUGAGCAAUGGGUCCUUAGCAAGCUUGCUCUUUGGGACUUCAAAACCCAACUGGAAUCAACGGUUGAAGAUUGUGUUCGGGAUUGCUAGAGGGCUCAGGUACUUACACGAAGAGUGCAGCUCCCAGAUUAUACAUUGCGAUAUAAAGCCUCAAAACACACUUCUAGAUGAUAAUCUAAUGGCCAAGAUUUCUGAUUUUGGAUUGGUAAAGUUAUUGAGGACAGACCAGACCCGAACAAGCACAGGCUUCCGAGGCACCAGAGGUUAUGUUGCACCGGAAUGGUACAAGAACAUACCAAUCACGUCCAAGGUCGACGUGUACAGCUUCGGUAUAAUGCUGUUGGAGAUUGUUUGUUGCAGGAAGAAUGUCGAAUUGGUGGUGGGGAAUGAGGAGAGAGCGGUCUUGACGGAUUGGGCCUAUGGAUGCUAUAGAAAGGGGAGAUUGGAAAUGUUAGUGAUGGACGACCAAGAUGCAAUGGAGGACAUGAGGAGGGUGGAGAUGCUGGUGAAGCUGGGGAUUUGGUGCAUACAAGAAGAGCCAUCGCUGAGGCCUUGUAUGAAGAAGGUGACACAGAUACUUGAAGGUGAAGUUGAAGUUUCAGUCCCCCCUCACCCUUCCUCUUUCAUUAGUUCACUUGGUUGAUUUGAAACCUUCGAUCUCCCUCUAGUGCUUACUGCUUACACCGGAUUUUCGGUGUAUGCACGUGUGUGGGUGUAUGUGUGUACUCUUGUUUGUUUAUUGCUUUGAAAUUUUCUGUUGUGUUUUGCCAUGGUAUUUACAUA